AUGAGAAUAUUCUGUACUCGUUCUGGGGAGAACAGACUGAUAAUUGAGUCUAAUAGCCUGAUUGUCCUGAACGAUCUGUUGUCUAAAUUGUCCUAUAGAAGCACUCUCUACCAUAUAAACACUGGAGACCUUGCCACCUUCCAGUUUAAAAAUCAUGAAGCUGUGUUUCCCAUUGCCAUCAAACACCCUCUUAUAACAGUCCUGUAUGACAUGGGAACAGCGCCCAGCUCUCAAGUCACCAUCACAACAAAGACCUUUCUACGCUAUGAACAACUGAAGGUGCUUUUGGACAGCAUCCGGAAAUUCUAUAGCAGUAUAAAAGUAAUAAUUGCAGAUGACAGCCUCAAACCAGAGCCUAUUAGGGGAGAAAAUAUCCAACACUACAUUAUGCCUCCAGCACAGGGUUGGUUUGCUGGUAGAAAUCUGGCUGUUUCCCAGGUAACCACCAAGUACUUCAUGUGGGUGGACGAUGACUUUUUGUUUACAGAGAAGACAAAGAUAGAGAAGCUUGUGGAGGUGAUGGAGGCGGUCCCUGAGCUCAUGAUAGUUGGUGGGACAGUAAACGGGAACCAAUUUCAUUUCUCUCUUAUCUAUGAAGAAGGAAAAGGAACUGAAGGUGGCUGCCUACACAGGAAGUCUGAUGGGAAAUUCCAUUCAGUUCCAGGUUACCCACAAUGCUCUUUGGCCAGUGGAGUUGUUAAUUUCUUUCUGGGUCGUAUAGAUGCAGUACAGAGGGUUGGAUUUGACCCUAAACUCCUGCGAUUAGCUCACUCAGAGUUCUUUAUGGAUGGUCUGGGGGAUUUGCUUGUUGCUACAUGUGAUCAUGUGUCUGUUAGCCAUCAACCCAGAGCCAGAAAUGAUCACUACACACAGUUCAGAUACCCUGGAAAAGAUGACAGUGAAUUCAAACUGCAACUUCAUUUCUUCAAAAACCAUCUUAAGUGCAUCAAAUAUGGAUAG